GUUCAAUGAACUCUGGUUGUCAAAAUCACCUGUAUUCGUUUGACUUUGUUCGUUUAUUUGUCGAAAAGAUUUUUGGUUAUAGGAUGUGAAAUUAUCUACAAAGUUAAUUUUUCUACAAGAUAGCCGUUAUUUUUAAGUAUCAAGUUAUAAUUCUCAAUGUUUACGGAAAAGUGUUCACGUGACCUCCGGACGAAGUAAACACAACAGAUGUCUCGGACGAAACACGUCAAAAACCCUCGAAAUAUCGAAAAUUUAGAUGAAUUAAAGACCCGUUUUCAUGCAGAUAAGGAAAUGAAGGAUAGAGCUAUGAGAUGAUAAAAGUUUUUUGGUGAUAAGGCGGAAGAUGAAGCCUGAGACAGCAUCAGAAGACAUGGAAGACUGUGUUUGUGACCCGAUUGAUUUGUUUGUUGAUAUGGGAAUGUUGAUAACAGAAGGCAGGAUACCAGAUCUAUCUCCUAAGAGGAGAGUUGAAGGUCCACAUUGUCCUAGCCUUGAUCAGAGCCACAGUUGUGAUAGACAUAGAGAGCAGGUAAGACUUUGUGAUAACAGAAGGCAGGAUACCAGAUCUAUCUCCUAAGAGGAGAGUUGAAGGUCCACAUUGUCCUAGCCUUGAUCAGAGCCACAGUUGUGAUAGACAUAGAGAGCAGUGUCGAAAAGCAGACCAGCUCAGGAAACAAAUGCUGAUGAUGUGUAGAAACAAAAUUCCAAUGCGAGUGGAUGUUUUACUACUCCCCAAAUGUGAUCAUGGUCAGUUGGAGGCUUCAACAGUAGAGGGAGCCACUGUAUCUUGCCAGGAUACAGCAAUGCUGCUAGAAAGAUGGGAUGUACAAAUAAUCUCUAAAAGAAUGGAGAAGACGGAAUCUGGCUGUGUUACAGGAAGAUUUCUACUACAGGCCAUCAGAUCGUAUCUACAUUUUUCACAGCUGAGUUCCUGGAUGAUUUCCAGUUUAGGUUGCCUCCCUUUUGAAGUUAUUUACAGGUUGUAUGCUCCUGGAGAGACUGUCAAUUACAGCUUUAAAGUCAUUCCAAAUGUACACCACUUUCCACAAUCAGACAUGACGCAUGCCACAAUGAAAGUAUCUGUGGCAUCACUGCCACGCCCUCAGGAUAUUCCACAUCUUACUUGUAUAGAAUGUGGUAAAGGUCGACAAAAGAAACAGGACAAGUUUACGAAAGCAAGAACCUCACAUAGAACUUCAACAAAUGUGCACCCGUCAGAAAGACCACACUCCUCAAAGUCUUUAGGAUUAGAUCAGUAUAGCUUGAAAUCAUUGGAGAGUCAUCACAGACGUAAAAAAUCUGACCAAUCAGAUCACAGACAUACAAAAAUUGACCAAUCAAGUAAUGGACAUACAAAAUCUGACCAAUCAGAUCACAGACAUGAAAAAUCAGACCAAUCAGAUAAUGGACAUGCAAAAUCUGACCAGUCAGAUAACAGACAUAAAAAAUCUGACCAAUCAGACCAAACGAAAAAUAAAAAGUCUGACAAAUUAGAUAAUAAUUUGUGUCUGCCUUCUCGACCCAAAUCUCCUAAAGUUUCCGAUGAAGAUGAUGGAUGUAUAGAAUCAAUCCCAAGGUCAAAGUUAGGUCAGCAAUCAAGUGAAGGACAAGUUGUUUCUGAUCAAAAAUUGUUUUAUCACAAACCUCCGUCUGGAAGAAAACUGAAAACAAAUGAAGAUGACGGAACUUAUAACUCUUCAGUUGCCAUGGGAACAGAUCUGAAGAAAGUGUCAAACAUUUCUAUGCAAACAGUCAGCCCCGGUGCUAGCAGUAACCAAUCCCAGGGUGCUUCACAUUUUUGUUAUGCAAAAAAACUUUUGAAGGAGAGUCUGAAGGUCAAACCUCUUACAUUUAAAGGAGACUCACAUUCCAAACAUUCUACUGAUCCAGAUACACUGAUUAAACGUCUUCCAAGCCCUAAAGUCUUGUUCACAACAAAUUCUAAAAGUCAAAACACAACUUACAAAAAACGUAAGAUUGACCUCAGUGACCUUGCUGAGAAUGUAGAAGAUAAGAUUAUGUAUUCUGAUUUGUCAGAUCUAAUGAAACCCCUCCAUUCGGAGGAGUUAGAGUCGUACCUCGCUAGUCUUUCUCACCGAGUACCAGACAAGGUCAUCCAUGACAGUAUUGGUUCAAUACCUCUAACCAAAUGUAAAUUCUUCAUAGGUGAACAUUUAAAUGACAUUGAGGCUAGUGAUAGGAAAACAAGUUGUGAUAGAAUUGAUAAUCAAAAGGAUGUUACUCAAGUUGAAAAAAGGGAUUUUAUUACAGACAUUGAUGACGGGAUUAUAUCUGAAAAGGACAGAACUUGUGAUAGUGGAGAAAAUACAAAUUCUUCAACAUUCCACAAAACACAGGAAAAACAAAAAGUCUUUCAAGAAAAAGUUAGUCCGACAUUACAUGAUGAAGUUAUAAAAUUAUCAGUACAAAAAUCUAGUCUAGAUAUUACAGACAAAUGUGAUAGACCUAAGUCAGGGUCUCGUGGUCGAGAAACUGUGGCAAAACGUUUGUUUAAAAGUUUUUCUGAACCCGGACCAGAUUUUGAAAAACUUUCGCUAUCUCUUGUUAAUGAUGGACACCAAAGUGGUAUAUCACAUGAUGGUAACCAUGGUUGCAGGUCACAUGAUGGGUCUCCUAAUGGUUUGUCAUUGACAGACGAUGAAUCUAGUGAUAACUCUACUCCAACCAAUAGUCUUUCAGAAUGUAAUGCCAAUCAUUUUAAAAAUGAAAAACAAUUUACUCAUAAUGCAUCACCAUCAAUAAAGGAUUUUAAACCUACCUCAAAUAGUGACGGAGAUCUUAAUGAUUCUUUGGAAGAGGAAAUAGCUAAGCUGCAUCUUUCUGAUAAUAAAUGUGUUGGGUUGGUACAGAAUAACUCUGUCACAAUGGUAACUUCAGAAAAGAAGAAAGAAGAUAAACUAGCGCUCGGGAAGACAUUGUGUAAACAUUUAAUGACGAAAGAACUCAACAAAAUGGGACGGCCUGAUGAUAUUUCUAUGCCAAACCAAGAAGAAAUCAUGAUAUUCCAGAGAAAUCUGGGAAAGAGCUCCAGUAUGAUGUUCAGCACAGCAACAGGGCUUCCAACAAGGUCUAGUCCGGCACCGACAAAGAGAAAAUCAUCAGGUGGCAGAUUUGAUUAUGAUAAUACUCUAAUAAGUACCAAAGCUAUCAAAAAUGCUUUAUCCUGCUCAAAAUUAGCCUUGCAGUCUGAGAGCUCUACUGACCAUGAAGAAUCUCAGAAAGUUCUUAGUACAAGUGCACCUGCUUCAACAAAUUGCCUUCUGGGAAAUUUUGAGGAAUCUGUGUUGAAUGGAAGAAUAGAACCAAUAGGAGUGGUUGAAGGAUUCACUGCAGAGAUUGGUGCAGGUGGAAGCUUUUGUCCAAAACAUAUCACACUGCCGGUCACAGCUUACUUCUUCCAGUUGUCUGACGACAAUGCUCCCUCACCAUAUUUAGGUCAUCUUAACCUAGAAUCGCUUGGAAAGAAAGGCUAUAAGAUCCCAACCUGUGGAACAGUACAAGUUACAUUGUUCAAUCCAAACAAGACAGUCGUUAAGAUGUUUGUUGUUAUGUAUGAUAUGAGUGACAUGCCAGCUAACUGUCAAACGUUUCUGAGACAAAGAACAGUUUAUAUGCCUGCAGACACAAACAGCACAGAACCAACUUUCCUACGUUAUCUCAUACAUCUCAGAUUUGCCAGCAGUAGAUCUGGUAAGAUUUAUCUCCACACAGAUAUCAGACUCAUCUUUGCCAGGGACAAAUUUGAAUUUGACCCCAGGGUUGCGAACUACGAACUUCGAUCUUUUACAGAAGGACCACAAAACCCAAAGUUCUCCCCGAAAAGAUGAUGAAGAUUUUAUUUAGUUUUCCUAGAAUUUUGUUGAAUGGUUGUCAAAGAACUUACAGGAAUGACAGAGUGAAUAUUUGUUGAUUUUAUUGAGUUUUUAUUUAUAUUUAUUUAUUUUAUGAGAAUGAUAAAGUUAUUGUCAGAAAUAUUUAUUAUAUAUACAUAUGCAUUCUUUUUAUAUUGAUCUAUAAAGGUCAAAGUUUAGUUAGAAAGGUCAAGGUCAUGUUCAAAAGAAGUCAUUCUCUUAUUUUUUUUAUCUCUUUGAUAAUACAGUCAAAAUAGAUAUUUUGUAAAAAUAGUGUUAACUAUAUUUUCAUCCAAAAAAUAAUUGAAAGAAAUUGGUAGUGUCUUCAUAAAAGGCACAAAUCUUCACACAGAUAAUGUAAAUGUUUAUUCACUUUUGAAAAAUGAAAACCAUUAGAGUGCCUUGUCUGUUGAAUUGGAGUUUUUUGUUUGUGUACACUCAAGCAAGAUAAUCAGUAACUAGUCCAAAUUUCAAAGAAGUUCUUAAUCCGUAAUUUUUGUUUUAAAAAUCCAUAAUUAUAGAUUAUCGUUGAUCAUCUCAACGAGAUUGAUUUUCUCGCUUGAGCUGGUACAGCGAAAGUGAGAAAAGCUAUCGAGUUGAGAUGACCAAUGAUAAUCUAUUUAUCGCUAUUUUACCUAUGACGACGUUGUCAAUUUCAUGUCAAUUUCGUUAGCAACGCCACGUGCAUGCUUAGUUUCUAGUGAUAAUUUUUCCAUCUCAAGCGAGAAGCAUGAUAUGAAAAUUAUCACAAAAAAAGAUUAAAGGAAAAAUGCUCAAAAUAGCGAUAAUAAUUAAUACAGAUAUACAUGAUAAGUUCUUAUUAUGGUAGUAAGGUCAAAAACCUUGUCAAAAAAGUUUUUACUAACAAUUUAAAAAAAUAUUGUUAUAAAUGGAGAACUUGUGAUUGGUAAUGACCUUGACCUUUCACUUGACAUUAUAUUUAAUUUUCUGAUAAAUAGUAUGGGAAAUAUGUUUCAGAUGCUUGUUACUAUGGUGAUUGUUAAUGAAUACUUGUUAAGUUAUUAGUGUGUUUUAUUUUUGUUGACUGUUCAGAGUUAUCCCCCUUGAAUUAUGGAUGUGUUUUUUGUUGUUGAGGAAAAUGCAUUGAUUUUUGUCAAGCCUGUGACUUUUGUCGCAUAAGAGAGACAAAGUGAUCCUGCAUUCCGUUGGUGGCGACGGCGUCCACACAUAUUCAUUCUAUGGUGAGCUUUUUAAAUUUAAAUAACUUUCUUAAAACUAUCGUGGAUUUGUACCAAACUUAGACAGUAGUGUGUUUAUGAUAAAAAGCUAGUAUCAAGAAGGAAAUUUUGUAAAUAAUUAUUCUUCUGUUUUACUGUAUAUUUCUGAUAAAUGGACUUCAUGUUUCUUCAAGUUUACAUUACAUACAUUCUGCAUUUGAUUUAUUAAAAACAUUUAUAAGAAUUUAUAAACAUUCUGGAUUUUUACCAAAUUUGAACAGAAGCUACUUACAAUCAAAUAUAUUAUCUAAAUGAAAGUUUGUAUUUAUUUUUGUUGAGUCUGCGACUACCAGCAAAAGUAGGCAAGACACUUCUUCAUAUUUGUGAAGAAUUGGUUAUGACCAAUAUUUUCAGUGUGCUUGUAUAAGCAUCUUAAAAUAUUUUUUAUUAAAAAUGUAAGACUUAAGGUGGUACCCAAAACCUGAACUAAAAUUAAUUUAGCUCGUUUAAUUUUCUUUAAAUUUUUGAAAAAAGUAUUUGCUUUGACCCUUUGACAAAAAUUCAAAAAAAUUGAACCAACCGGUUAAUCAGAAAAAUUACACUGGUUAUAUAGCAGUUUGACAAACACUAAUUUGAUCAUUGAGAAGAUUAAUAUUCCUUUUACAACACAAUGUAAUUAAAA